AUGUCUCUCCCCCAGACCACGACAAUGAAGCAACCACCGACCCAGUCCUCCAUCAAAUCCUUCUUCCAACCCCGCCAGCAACCCACCUACGCUCCGCCUCCCCCAGCGUCAAAGUACGCCCCCGCGCCGUCAUCGAAUGGAACAGCAGCUGCCCCUCCUCCCACGACCAAACCCCCACCAUCGUCAACAACAACAGCACCACCACCACCUCCUCCUCCCAAAUCCUCAGUGACGACGGCGACAACAACGACAACACCAUCGAGAACCUCACCUCCAGCAACGACACCGCAAACAUCACAACCGCCAGCCUCGGCGCCCCUCCACCCAAGCGCCUCGAUCCGCCCCGUCUCAGACCAAGACCUCCAACCCCUCCGCCGCAUAAACUCCCUCCUCCUCCCAGUAGCCUACCCAGAAACCUUUUACGCCGCGGCCUUGACGGGCCCCUUCUCCCGCGUCGUCACCUGGCGCGACCAACCCACCACAAACUUCUCUCAGGAAAUCGUCGUCGGCGGCGUCGUAGCCCGCAUCGAGCCCUCCCCCUUUCCGUCCGCGACCCCGACCCCGACCCGCCUCGAACACGCCCUCUAUAUCCAGUCUCUCGCCCUCCUCUCCCCAUACCGCUCCCAUGGCCUGGCCACCGCCGUAGUAGACCAUCUCGUCGCCGCGGCCGCAAACUCUUCCCCCGACGUCAACCUCCGCCACAUCUACGCCCACGUCUGGACCGACAACGAGGAGGGCAUGCGCUGGUACGCCGCCCGCGGCUUCGAGCGAUACGGUGAGCCGCUGCAGGGGUACUAUAUCAAGCUCCGACCGGACUCAGCCUGGAUCGUCCGCCGCGCCGUCGGUCCUCUUUCCAUCGGCGGGCAGCAACAGUCCUUAUCCUCUGACAGAGCCACGGCACCACCGCCGAUCCCAGGUCCCACCGCCGUCGUCGCGAACCUGCCACCCAUGAAUGGAAGCAAUGGUGCCGGCGGGCCCCCUCCUCCACCGUUGUCGAGGACAAUCUCGGGCACAUCCUUCCAGAACCGUCGCGCGGCGACAGAGUGGAACGAUCUUCCCGACGAAAUGGCAUCGGCCAAGCUCGCGCCUCCCAAGAGCAGCGGCGGCUCGGGCGCGAGUUCCCGCAGCAGCUCGACAGUGAGGAAGAAGAAGGAUAGAUCCUACCCGGCUGCCGCUUUCCAGGGCUAG